UUUAGCGAUUUGGCUAAUCGAAAGUUGGGAUUUCUUUAUACAGUUGAUUGGGAUUGCGUUGAUUACGCAGUUUGCUAGAAUUUUGUAAAUUCGACGAAGCUUAUCUAGUUCAAUGGAUCAAGUUCGAGUACAAACAGAACAGCUACGUAUUGAAGCACAAGUUUCACGGAAGAAAGUAUCAGAGGUUUCCAAAGAUUUAAUAGAAUAUUGCGAACGAGAGAAGCCGCAUGAUAUGCUCGUCAGUGGACCUAUCGAUAAUCACAAUCCAUUUCAGGAGAAGAAAUCUUGUGCUGUACUUUAGUUAUUU